CCGAGCCGGAGAUUCCCCUCCUCUCGUGCCCCGCGCGACCAUAUGUCCCCGUCCCCCGCCCCCCGCAGCUCUCACCACGGGGUGCGCCCAGGGCAAGCCGACCUCCCGCCCACCCAAGUGUUGCAAGGGACCGUCUGAGCUGGGAGCAGCCGCGCCAGCUGAGGAAGACCACGCAUUAUGGAUGCUGCUUGCAAGUCACUCUCGCAGGCGCUGACUGGUCCUGGCAAAUGAGAAUUGCACUCGCCUCCUCCGUUCCGUUUGUUGAACUGUAGCACCCAUUCUGAAGCCUACAAUGGGAGCAUCUGUGGAGCUUGUCUUGUUUUCAUUAGCCGUCGUCUCUUUUACAGUGUUGCAGCCAGCAGAGAGUACUCUAAGAAACUAUGGGCCAAUCUUUGAAGAACAACCACGCAACAUCAUCUUUCCAGAAGGAUCAACAGAGGAGCAAAUACUGUUGGUUUGUCAAGCACGAGCCAGCCCUCCUGCGACCUAUAGGUGGAAGAUGAAUGGCACAGAGAUCAAAAUAGAGCCAGAUUCCCGUUAUAGGUUGAACGGGGGCAACCUGGUGAUCAGCAACCCAGUGAAAGCCAAAGACACUGGGUCCUACCAGUGUGUGGCAUCCAACUCGGUGGGCACAGUAGUCAGCAGAGAAGCUUCCAUUCGCUUUGGCUUUUUGCAGGAAUUCUCUACAGAAGAGCGAGACCCCGUGAGGGUUACAGAGGGCUGGGGGGUGAUGUUUACUUGCAGCCCACCUCCCCAUUACCCAGGACUUGCAUACCGCUGGUUUGUGAACGAAUUCCCCAACUUCAUCCCAGCAGACGGAAGGCGUUUCAUCUCCCAAAAAACGGGAAACCUUUACAUUGCUAAGACAGAGGCCUCUGACCUUGGCAACUACUCCUGCUUUGUCACUGGCCAGAUUGAUUCCAUUCAGAAGAGUGUCUUUAGCAAAGUUUCUCAGCUCAAUCUUCUCAGAGAAGAUUCCAGGCCGUUUGCUCCCAGCAUUAAAGCCAAGUUUCCUUCUGACACUUAUGCUCUGGCCGGGCAGCUGGUGGCUUUGGAGUGUUUUGCCUUUGGGAACCCUGUCCCUCGAAUAAAAUGGCGGAAGUUGGAUGGUAGCCAGUCCUCUGAGUGGAUCACAACGGAGCCCCUUCUACAGUUUAAGGAGAUUGGCUUUGAAGAUGAAGGCACUUACGAGUGUGAAGCUGAAAAUGCCCAAGGAAAAGACACCUAUCGGGGCCGCAUCAUCAUCCAAGCUCAGCCAGAAUGGCUGAAGGUCAUCUCAGACAAAGAGGCUGACAUCGGAGCAGACCUUCUCUGGAGUUGUGCUGCAGCUGGCAAGCCAAGGCCUACCGUCAAAUGGCUACGGAACGGGCAGCCCUUAACCUCUCAGAAUCGCAUUGAAGUGAAUAGUGGGGAUUUGAGGAUUUUAAAGUUAACAAUGGAGGACUCUGGGAUGUACCAGUGUGUAGGAGAGAACAAGCAUGGCAGCAUUUAUGCAAGUGCUGAAUUGGCUGUGCAAGCCUUUGCUCCAGAUUUUCGGCUAAACCCCGUGAGGCGACUAAUACCAGCAGCUCGAGGCGGAGAAAUCAUUAUCCACUGCCAGCCAAGAGCUGCACCAAAGGCCAUUAUACUCUGGACCAAAGGGACUGAGCUUCUGAGCAAUAGCUCCAGCAUCACCAUCACUCCAGAUGGCACCUUGAUCAUUCGGAAUAUUAGCAAGUUAGAUGAAGGCAAAUACACCUGCUUCGCAGAGAAUUUCAUGGGCAAAGCAAACAGCACAGGAGUUCUCUCAGUUCGAGAUGCCACUAAAAUCACCCUUGCACCAUCCAGUGCUGACAUUAAUGUAGGUGAAAAUAUUACCCUUCAGUGCCGUGCCUCUCAUGACCCAACAAUGGACCUCACCUUUACUUGGUUCCUGGAUGACUUUCUCAUUGACUUUGUCAAGUCCGAAGGCCACUACAAGCGAGCUAGUACAAAAGAGAACAUUGGAGACCUUUUGAUCUUGAACACUCAGCUGAAACAUGCUGGUCGAUAUACUUGCACAGCUCAGACAGUGGUGGACAGUGCUUCUGAGUCAGCAUUGCUGGUUGUAAGAGGUCCUCCAGGGCCACCUGGCGGGUUGGUGGUGAGGGACAUCAAGGACACCACUGUGCAGCUGAGCUGGAGCCGAGGCUUUGAUAACCACAGCCCCAUUGCCAAAUAUGUCAUCCAGGUCCGCACUCCACUCUUCUCCAAGUGGAAGCAAGUGCGCACCAAUCCUGCAAAUAUUGAAGGUAAUGCAGAGACGGCCCAAGUGGCCAACCUCAUACCAUGGAUGGAUUAUGAAUUUCGGGUCCUGGCCAGCAACAUCCUUGGAGUGGGAGAACCCAGUGUGCCUUCUACCAAGAUCCGCACCAAGGAAGCGGCCCCUACUGUUGCACCAUCUGGGCUCAAUGGAGGAGGAGGAGCACCUGGAGAACUCAUCAUUAACUGGGCGCCAAUGCAACGGGAGUACCAAAAUGGAGAUGGCUUUGGAUAUAGGCUCUCUUUUCGCAAAGAAGGCACUCAGGUGUGGAAGACAGCAAGCGUGCCCCAUGCGGAAUCCCUACAUUAUGUUUAUCGCAAUGAGAGCAUCGCACCCUAUACUCCCUUUGAAGUGAAGAUCAAGGCCUUCAACAGGAAGGGGGAGGGGCCAGAGAGCCUGGUCUCCAUUGUGCAUUCUGCGGAGGAAGAACCAAGAGUGGCUCCCUCUAACGUUACUCUCAAGGCAGUGUCGGCCACAGAAGCAGAUUUUUCUUGGGAUCCCGUGGAGCAACAUGAAAUGAACGGAGUCCUUUUGGGCUAUGAGAUCCGGUACUGGAAACAUGGUGACAAAGAGGAGGCUGCUGACAGAGUGAGGACUGCGGGACUUGUCAACUCAGCACGUGUGACAGACCUCCAACCCAAUACCAAGUAUCGUGUGGCUGUCAGGGCUUACAACCGAGCUGGGACUGGGCCAGCCAGUCCUCCCACCAGUUUCAUGACUACAAAACCACCACCAAAAAGGCCACCAAGCAACAUUUCCUGGAAGUUUUCCAGCACCAGCAUUAGCAUCAAGUGGGAUCCUGUGGUCGCCAAUUCAGAUGAGUCCGCUGUCACUGGGUACAAGAUGCUGUACCAGUCGGACCCGCACUCAGCUCCUGUUCUGUACACAGCUGCCAAAAAUUGGAUUGAGAUCAUGGUUCCAGAAGACUCUACUCAUGCAGUGGUGCAAAUCAGGACGACUGGUCCAGGAGGAGAUGGAGUCCCAGCAGAGGUGCGCAUCCUGAGAAACAGUGGGACCAGUAUGAUGGUGCAAAAUUCUGCUGACCGUCCAGUGGCAAAUACAGUGGUUGCUCUGAUGUACUCACUAAUUCUGUCUGCACUAAUGGGUUGCUUGGAGCUCUGAUAACCAGCCCCUGUUAAAGAGAGAUGUUGGAUUCCUCCUCAUCAAGCCAGAGAGCAAAUCAACAACUGACCAUUGGGAGUACAAAUUUCUACUACAACUAGUAGUAGAAAAGAACUCAAGAG